AACGCACACUGGGCUGCCGCCUCUCGUGACCGGCGAGAUUCCCCGCGCGCGGAAUGCGAACAACCCUCGGAUCUAGCAGACCAAGGCCAUGCACGUUACGGCAUUUUGGCCCCUUUCUGCUUGCUACUGGUUGGACUCCGGAGACGAACACCGUGGACAGCAGACGAACGGGGGGCUGCACCAACUACGAUCCGAAGGCGUCAACUCCCAGCCUCGAACCCCUGAGACGCCAAGCAUCUUGAAGCCCAACCGCAGCCUGGGAAAGCUAUCAUGGCGACGGUGCAGCAAGUAGAGCCCCUGCCAACACCAGCACGGCCGCAGAGCAUGCGUGGCAGCGCAUUUACCCGAGAUGUCGAGAUGGAAGCUGGAACACCACCGCUCCAGCAUGACAUGCCUUUGGGCAGCGAACCGCAGAGAGGGGACACCAGGAUUGUGGUUAUCAUGUACGGUCGCGGCCAGGAGCAAAUUGUUUCUGUUUUCGCCGAGGUUCUCGGGAAACCGUCCAGGACGAAGAGUCGUUUUGGAGACGUGACGCAGGAGGAUCAAGACUGGGUCAUUGGACUCCCCGCUGAGAGCGCAAAAGCUGACAUUUCGUCGCGGAACAAAGGGCUGGUUGUGGCCAUCAACGCCCACUGCACUGGUCUGGGCAUGCCCCCUGAUGUCUACCUUUCGGCCCAGUGCGACUACGAGUUUCUCUACACCGAGAACCCGUUCUUCCGACGGGACCUGGCUCGCUUUACCUCGCACAUUCUGGGGCAGCUGUGCCACUACCGGGUCUUGAUGGCGAAACCGAGGACUUUCUUCAUCUCCACCACCUUUCCAGACGUCCACGCCGCCUUGCCGAACAUCGACAUCCUGACCGUCGGGGCGGAUGCGAUCGAAAUUCGCGUGGACCUGCUCAAGGAGCCGCUCGGCAACGGUACCUACUCGGAAAUUCCCAGUCUCAGUUACGUCGGCGAGCAGGUCAUGCUGCUGCGCCAGAGGACCGAGUUGCCCAUCAUAUUCACGACAAGGUGCACAAAAGAAAACGGCCGGUUUCCGAUGGACAAUCCAGACCUGUACUACGAGUACCUCUACCGAGCCAUCCAGUGGGGCGUGGAGUACAUCGAUGUCGAGCUCUGGCUUCCGGAGACGAUCAGGAGGAGGUUGUUUGAGCAACGGGGGAACAGCCGCAUCAUGUCCGCCUUCCACGACUUCUCCGGGACCUUCAAAUGGACCUCGGAACGAGCCGAGUCCAUAUUCCUCGAAUCACAACGCUACGCGGACUGCGUGAAGAUGAUCGCCAUCAUCAACGAUCACAACGAGAACUUCGAGCUGGAGUAUUUCCGGUCCAAGAUUAAGACCAAGUAUCCCGACUCCGUCCCUCUGUCAGCUGUAAACAUGGGCGAAACAGGCCAGUUCUCACGCACGCUGAACAAGUUCUUCACCCCGAUAACGCACCCCCUCUUGCCCAUCAUUGCAGCUCCUGGUCAGAUGAGUGCCGCCGAAAUUAACCAGGCACUGGCAUUACUCGGGCAACUACCCAGGAAAAACAUAUACGGCAUCACCAGCCCGGCGAUGCGGAGCGCCACCCCUCAGGCCCCCUUUUAUGAGAAGUGUUUCAACGAACUAGGCCUCCCGCACCAGUUUGCCGUCGUCGAGUGGCAACCAAAAGGACCGGGCUGCAUUGGGGCAUGGUGCAAUCAGAAGAAUUUCGGUGGCGCUUACUUCAACCCUGCUGUCUCUUACAAGAGUCUGGUCGCCAACAGCAGCUUCCUCAGCUCUCUGAACAGCGGGGCCGGGCCUACCCUCAGCGAAGCAGCACGACUCAUCGGCAUGGUCGACACCAUCGUCGUGCGGCCGAACUCAUCCAGCGCGCCCGAAUCGGCGCCGGCAUCUAUCCCGUCGAGCCCGCCGCGCCACAGGAACGGCGACUCUUUCAGCGCCUUGGGCGCAGCGCAGUCCGGCCUUCCGCCAAACACGUCGUUGGUCCUCGACAACGCAUCAUGGAAGGGAAUUCUGAGCACCUUGACCCGCGAUCUCGCUCCUUCGGCAUACUUUGGCUGCGCCGCUGUGGUGCUCGCAGCAUCGGCCGAGGACGCAGCCAGCGCGCUCUUCGCCCUCAAAGCUCUCAAGGUGGGCAAAGUGUACACGGUUGGCUUCAAGACGCCCCCGGCAUUCGGCAAGGACCUCCUCAUCGAGCCGUUCACCAGCCUCGAGAGCAUCCAACGCGCCCGUACGGUCGACGCGAACGGCACAGCCGUGGGAACAGGCACCGGCUCCCCAUUCCUAGUGGUCAGUGCUCUGGGGCCGGAGAAGAGCACGCUCGUGGGCAUGCUGGUGAGGCUGUUUGGCUCGCGGGGUGCGGGCAACUCCCGCAAAGUCUUCCUGGACCUGGCGGACCGCUCGGCCUCGCGCAAGGGUGACCCGGCUUUGAUCGCCGAGCAGAGCGGGUUUGCGGCGUACGGCGCGGCGGAUGUCACGGCCUUCACCACGGUCGAGACCCUGCGGCUUCUGGUGGGCCAGAACGUGCCGUACAGCUUUGUACGGCUGGCGAGCGGCCGCACUUUGUUCUGAGUGUUGUCCGUCCGGGUGUUUUUUUCUUCGUCUUAUGUCACCACGGGACCGGUGCUGCGCAAGGCAUUGCUUACAAGGGGCCGUCUCUCGCCUCCAUCCGAGGCGUCAGAGGUUAGCACAGAUUU